AUGUACUCGCCCGAUAACGAAAACAUUGCGACAGGUGGAGACAAAGAGAAUGCAGUCAAAAUCUGGGAUAGCGAGACGGGCAAGUUGAUCACCACACUCAAACACGAUGGGGUAGUGUACAGCUUGGCGUGGACGUCGGACGGGAAGAAGCUUAUCUCCGGGUCAUAUCACCUGAUUAGGAUAUUCGACACAGCCACUUGGCAGCAGAUUGCCUUUCUUGAGGGACACGAAUCCACUGUUGACGACAUCUGCUUGUCUCCGAACAACCGCUUCCUUGCAAGUGUAUCAUCACUUGAACAAACAGCGCGUCUAUGGAAUCUCGACACGAAUCUCCCGAUCGGACCACCCCUCCAGCAUGAAGAUCGUUUGUGGUCCGCAGCACUUUCCGCUGAUGGAAAAGUGCUAGUCACUGGUUGCGAAAAUGGAAAUGUGUACACAUGGGACAUUCACGCCAUCCUCAAAGAAGCUGGCCUUGAAGACCUGCUACCCGCUGGUAGCAAUAUUGCACCCGGGCCAAAAGACAGACUCGAACAGAAGACAUCUCAAGGCAAUUCAGGAAUAGAGCGAACCCCCCGCCCUUCCCUCAGUGACAAGUCGUUUUUGGAAGCUGAUGCCACGCGAUGCCACGACGAGUUCGGGGGUCAUGCCGAUGAACUCCCACCUAGAUUUUUGAUGGCAUGGAAUCCGAGGUUCGUCAUGUGCAUUUCUAUUACAUCCUUUUUGUCCUCAUAUCUGUGCUCUCAGUCCUCCCAUAUGGGUGAUGCCCAUCCUCAUUCCUCGGCAAGUGCACUCCUUGCUCGCCUAUCCUCUCUCCUCCACCGUUUUCGACACGACAAUGCUGAAGCAACCGAACGUCCGCAACCAUCAGCGCUUUCGGGGUUACAUCCACAGGUGCUCCUCGCUCGCCUUUCAUCGCUCCUUCACCGUUCACCACCUGAAAAUGAUGCAGCCAAUGAAACUCAGCAACCGUCCACGCCUUCACGGUUGAAUCCACAUGCACUCCUCGCUCGACUGUCCUCACUUCUUCCCCAUUCUCGACCCAAUACCGAAGCAGACACCGAACUUCAUCCCACAACACAUUCGGGUUCACGUCCAGAUGCACUCAUCAGUCGUCUGUCCUCACUCUUCCGCUCUCAACCCCACACCAACCAAGAAAUAGAACUCCCGCAACGCCCAUGGCGUCCUCAUGUUGUCCAAGUGGCUCCAAUGCGGGACAGGGAGGUAUUGUUUGUUGCUCCGCGGUCGCCACCAGAUCGUCCACACGCUCAGCCUAAUGGUACUGCCACACCAGGUGCAAGACCUGCGUAUCCACUUGCCCUCCGAUUGUUGGCCCAUCUCGUGCUUUUUCUCUGCUGUGCGUCUCCUCAAUACCCCGAUGGAAAUGCACAGCCAACACAGCAGCAGCAAGAUCAAUCACAAGCUCCGAUCCAAACCCAGGUGUCAUCACUGCAGACUCAGCCAGCCGCCCCCUCGACGUCCACGAUACCUACUGCUCUUGACAAUCGCACUACUACUCCAGGUGCGGCAAGCGCGUAGCCACGGCGCCUUCCAUUGCAGACCUGUUUUGUUGUUUUUCUCUGUUGUACAUCUUCUCCACACGCAGAUGGACACUCACACUACAGCACGCGGACACCUAUCUCAUAUGUCUAGGCUUUUUAUAAUCACUAUUGUCUCGUUGUGCACGCCAAA